AUGGCUGCUCCAACGAGUCGCCAGCACCUCAGAAGAUUGGUCCUGCUGUGCUUUUUCCUGGGGACACUGUGGGAUUCUUGGGCCAGUCAAAUUCGCUACUUAAUGCCCGAAGAGACAGAAAAGGGCUACAUUGUGGGCAACAUCUCCAAGGACCUGGGGCUGGAACUCCGGGAGCUGGCAGAGCAUGGAGUCCGCAUUGUCUCCAGAGGUAAGAGCCAGCUCUUUGCUCUAAAUCCGAAAAGCGGCUGCUUGAUCACAGCGGGCAGGAUAGACCGAGAGGAGCUUUGUGCUCAGAGUGCACCAUGUUUGGUUAACUUUAAAGUACUGAUUGAAGACAGAGUACAACUAUAUGGAAUUCAAAUAGAUAUAACUGAUAUUAAUGACAAUACCCCAAAAUUCCAGACUGAAAAUCUGGAAGUAAAAAUUAGUGAAAUCGCUGCGCCUGGAACGCGUUAUCCCCUCCCAGAAGCUGUUGAUCCCGACGUGGGCGUAAACUCCCUCCAGAGCUACCAGCUCAGCCCCAAUCGCCACUUCUCCCUGGACGUGCAGACUGGAGAUGAUGGAACUAUAAGCCCAGAGCUGGUGCUGGAGCGCGCUCUGGACCGCGAAGAAGAGGCUGCUCACCACCUGGUCCUCACUGCGUUCGAUGGCGGCGACCCACGUCGCUCCAGCACAGUGCGCAUCCAUGUGACCGUGCUGGAUACCAAUGACAAUGCUCCGGGUUUUGAUCAACCGGUUUACCGAGUGAAAGUCCCAGAGAACGUGCCCUGGGGCACCCGACUGCUAACUGUCAAAGCUACCGACCCAGAUGAGGGAACCAAUGGAAAAGUGGCCUAUAAAUUUUGGAAAAUUAACGAAAAGCAAUCUCCGUUAUUCCACCUUAAUGAAAAUACUGGGGAAAUAUCAACAGCAAAAAGUCUAGAUUAUGAAGAGUGUGCUUUGUAUGAAAUGGAAAUACAAGCCGAAGAUGGUGGGGGAUUAAAAGGUAGGACUAAAGUGCUCAUUUCUGUGGAGGAUGUAAAUGAUAAUAGUCCAGAAGUAACCAUUACAUCUCUGUUUAGUCCAGUGAGGGAAGACACUCCUCCAGGAACAGUAAUGGUGCUUUUUAAUGCUCAUGACGGUGACUCUGGGAAGAAUGGUCAAAUUGUCUGUUCUAUCCAGGAUAAUUUACCAUUUACAUUAGAAAAUUCAAUUGAUGAUUAUUAUCGAUUGUUGACAGCUCAAAUUCUUGACCGAGAAAAAGUCUCUGAAUAUAACAUCACAGUGACAGCGACAGACAGAGGAACUCCAUCCCUGUCCACUGAAACGCACAUCACCUUACAUGUCACUGACAUCAAUGACAAUCCUCCCACCUUUUCCCAUGCCUCUUAUUCAGUCUACCUUCCGGAGAACAAUCCCAGAGGCACCUCCAUCUUCACUGUGACAGCUCAUGACCCCGACAAUGGGGAGAAUGCCAGGGUUAUUUACUCCCUGACCGAAGACACCAUUCAGGGGGCACCACUGUCCUCCUUCGUUUCCAUCAACUCAGACACAGGCGUCAUGUACGCACUUCGAUCUUUCGACUAUGAGCAGUUCCGAGACAUGCAGAUGUGGGUCUCAGCAAGCGACAGUGGGAACCCGCCACUCAGCAACAAUGUAUCGCUGAGCCUGUUUGUACUGGACGAGAACGACAACGCCCCGGAGAUCCUGUACCCCGCCCUCCCCACAGAUGGUUCCACCGGCGUCGAGCUGGCGCCGCGCUCGGCAGAACCUGGUUACCUAGUGACCAAAGUGGUGGCGGUAGACAGAGACUCGGGUCAGAACGCCUGGCUGUCCUACCGCAUGCUCAAGGCCAGUGAGCCAGGGCUCUUCGUGGUGGGGGUGCACACGGGCGAGGUGCGCACCGCGAGGGCCAUGCUGGAUAGAGACGCGCUCAAGCAAAGCCUGGUGGUGGCGGUCCAGGAUCACGGCCAGCCCCCUCUCUCGACCACCGUCACACUUACUGUGGCCGUGGCCGACAGCAUCCCCGAUGUUCUGGUGGACCUGAGCAGUCGGGAGGUCCCCGGUGAUCCAGAGGCUUCCGGCCUAACAUUCUACCUUGUGGUGGCUGUGGCAGUGGUCUCCUGCGUUUUCCUUGCCUUUGUCAUAGUGUUGCUGGCACUUAGGUUGCGACGUUGGCACAUGUCGCACCUUCUUGGGGCUUCAGACAGCGUAUUGCCAAGUCUACCUGCCUCACACUUUGUGGGCGUGGAUGGGGUUCAGGCCUUCCUGCAGACGUACUCCCACGAGGUCUCCCUCACCGCGGACUCGCGGAAGAGUCACCUGAUCUUCCCCCAACCCAACUAUGCGGACACACUUAUCAGCCAGGAGAGUUGUGAGAAAAGCGAGCCUUUGUGUGUUUCAGAUGAGUCCAAGUUUCCUAUAGAAGACACCCCUUUGGUUCCAGUAAGUUCUAUUUUGUACGUUUUUUUUCUUCUAUUCAAGUUGCUUUCUCUUUCAUUUUCUGCACUUCAGGGCCACUGCGGACUGCAGUUUCUUCAGUUUUCCAGAAACGCGUGUGGAAGGACCCAGAGAAGACUGGAGUGCGGGAUGGGAGGGAGCUGCGCGCAGGCACAUCCGACCAGCCGGCUUCAGGUACUGUUAGCCUUCCUGCUGCCUUUGUUCUGCCCCGCGCUCUGCGAACCGGUCCGCUACGCGAUUCCCGAAGAGCUAGCCAAGGGCGCGGUGGUGGGGAACCUCGCUAGAGAUCUGGGGCUCAGUGUUCUGGAAGUGUCCGCUCGGAAGCUGCGAGUUAGCGCGGAGAAGCCUUAUUUCAACGUAGACUUGGAGAGCGGGAACUUGCUUGUGAAGGACCGGAUAGACCGUGAGCAGAUAUGCAGAGAGAGAAGAAUAUGCGAGUUGCAGUUGGAAGCUGUGGUGGAAAAUCCUUUAAAUAUUUUUCAUGUUCUUGUGGUUGUUGAGGAUAUUAAUGAUCACGCCCCUCAAUUCGAUAAAAAGGAUAUACAUUUAGAAAUUGUUGAAUCUGUAUCGGCUGGUGCACGAAUAUCCCUUGACCCUGCCACAGACCCCGACAUAAACACUAACUCAAUUAAAGAUUAUCAGAUAAAUCCUAAUCCUUACUUUUCAUUAUUGAUUAGAGUUAAUUCUGAUGGUAGUAAAUACCCAGAGUUAUCUCUAGAGAAACCCCUAGACCGAGAAGCGCAGAGGUCUCAUCACUUAAUACUGACUGCCUUGGAUGGUGGGGAUCCACCCCAUAGUGCCACAGCGAACAUAGAAAUCUUUGUCAGGGACACCAACGAUAACCCCCCGGUGUUCAGUAAAGAUGAAUAUAGAAUCAGUCUGAGCGAAAAUCUACCUCCAGGAACGUCGGUGUUUCAGGUGACAGCCACUGACCAGGACGAGGGCAUCAAUGCUGAGAUAAACUACUACUUCCGAAGCACCAUUCAGAGCACAAGGCACACGUUCUCAUUAGAUGAGAACACAGGUGUGAUUACGAAUAACCAGUCUUUGGAUUUUGAAGAUGUAGGAAGAUACAGCAUGGAAGUGGAAGCCAAGGACGGAGGUGGACUCUCUACUCAAUGUAAAGUAAUCAUAGAAAUCCUAGAUGAAAACGACAACAGCCCAGAAAUAAUCAUAACGUCUCUCUCUGAUCACAUUUUGGAGAAUUCUUUUUCUGGAAUGGUUGUUGCCCUUUUCAAAACACGGGACAGGGAUUCUGGGGAAAACGGAGAAGUCACGUGUCGAAUAGGACGAGAUGUUCCUUUCAAGAUUCUUUCUUCUUCUAAAAAUUACUACAAGCUGUUGACAGAUGGAACCUUGGAUCGAGAGAAGACUCCAGAAUACAACGUUACUAUUACAGCAACCGACAAAGGCAAGCCGCCACUGUCCUCCAGCACAAGCCUCAUUCUGCACAUCACCGAUGUCAAUGACAACGCGCCAGUAUUCCACCAGGCCUCCUACGUGGUCCACGUGGCUGAGAACAACCCUCCUGGCGUGUCCAUUAUGCAAGUCAGUGCUUCUGACCUGGACUUAGGGAUCAACGGCCAAAUAUCCUAUUCCAUCGUGGCCAGCGACCUGGAACCGCGGGCACUGUCAUCCUACGUGUCUGUGAACACGCAGAGUGGGGUGGUCUUCGCUCAGCGGGCCUUCGACCACGAGCAGCUACGCGCCUUCGAGCUGACGCUACAAGCGCGUGACCAGGGCUCGCCCGCGCUUAGCGCCAACGUGAGCCUGCGUGUGCUAGUGGGCGAUCGCAACGACAACGCGCCCAGGGUGUUGUAUCCGGUGCUGGGACCCGAAGGCUCUGCGCUCUUUGACAUGGUGCCGCGCGCAGCACAGCCUGGCUACCUCAUCACCAAGGUGGUAGCGGUAGACGCAGACGCUGGACACAAUGCCUGGCUGUCUUACCACGUGCUGCAAGCCAGCGAGCCUGGUCUCUUCAGUCUGGGGCUGCGCACGGGAGAAGUGCGCACAGCACGCGCCUUGGGCGAUAAAGACGUGUCCCGUCAGCGCCUGCUUGUAGCUGUGCAUGAUGGAGGGCAGCCACCACUCUCAGCCACCGCUACACUGCUCCUGGUCUUCGCAGACAGCCUACAGGAAGCGCUACCAGAUUUCAGCGACCGCCCCACUUCCCAGGACCCCCAGGCUGAGCUGCAGUUUUAUCUGGUCCUUGCUUUGGCUUUGAUCUCAGUGCUCUUCCUCCUCGCGGUAAUUCUGGCGAUUGCUCUGCACCUACGACGCUCCUCCAGCUCCACCGCUGGGGGCUGCUUUCAAAUUGAUUUUUGCUCCAAAUCAGGACCUGUGGUUCCCCCCAACUACAAUGAAGGGACUUUGCCGUAUUCUUACAAUCUGUAUGUUGCACAGACGGGAAAGACAGAGUUUAACUUCUUAAAAUGUAGUGAACCCUUGCAUUCUACACAAGACAUAAUUUGCGGUGAUUCUUCUGGUGACUUAAUUCCACUUCAUGGGGAUAAUUUGACUCCACCUUCUAAUACUCUAGCACCGGAGAACACGCAGUCAGAUCUCCAUCCGAAUUCUCCGGGCUUCAACUACACAAAGCCCCACAGUUUGUACAAACGGACUCCAGAACUGCAGGGAAACUCACUCCGCAAUUUAACGUGCGCAGGUUACAGAGACUCACUGCAGCCACAGAAAGAAAAAGGAAUGGAUUGA